UCACUGAUAUCGCGCUUUACGGUAGAGAAUCAACUAGAUUUCGUUAUAUUAUUAAAAGGGUCGGUGAAUAAUAUAUUGUAUUGCAGAUCGAUUUCAUGUUAUUGUUUUAAAGGUAUAGACGUGGAAUCAGGUCUGAAAUUAUGGAAGGGGACAGCCAAAGAAGAGAGCUUCCGCCCCCAGGAUAGACCAUUUCCUCACAAGAAUCAUGUGGACCUGCCUAAAAGACCACCACCCACAGAAGGUCCUAGGUAUAUGUCUCUGAUUGAUUUUAUUCAAGAUCCUGUAAGAACAGACCCCGCAGUUGGUUUGGAAUAUGUUAUAGAACUGAGAAAAACAGGAUCUAAUUGGAUUAUCUUGAGAUGUGACUUGUGUGAUCGAAAAGGGUUUGCGGAAUUCAUGAUCAAGCAUAUAGUUUCUUACGAGCACAUCCGAAAUUAUCUGAUUGAAUACAUAUCUGAAGAUCAAUACAAAGAGCAAUACAGAGAAAUAGUUGGUUGGAAACAGAAGAGAGAUAACACUGCACAGAGUAACAACAACCCUAAAAAUAUCGAACCAGCCACAUUGCAGAGCCACCUGGAACACCGACCAAGGCGCCUCGAUCACAGACGAAGGCCAAAUCACUUGGACCAGCGGCCAAGUCACUUGGACCAGCGGCCAAGUCACUUUGACCAACGGCCAAGUCACUUUGACCAACGGCCAAGUCACUUUGACCAUCGGCCAAGUCACUUUGACCAUCGGCCAAGUCACUUUGACCAUCGGCCAAGUCACUUUGACCCAUGGCCAAGUCACUUUGACCCAUGGCCAAGUCACUUUGACCCAUGGCCAAGUCCCUUUGACCCAUGGCAAAGUCAUUUGGAUCAACGGCCAAGUCAUUUGGAUCAACGGCCAUCAGAGAAUCCUAAAUCGCUGGAAGUACAACAAGCAGACUUUAAGAACAUGUCUUUGCUUGAAUUUAUUGAGAAUCCAGCAAGAAAAAAUCCUUUAAUUGGUUUAGACUAUGUGGUGGAACACAAGUUAGUCAAAUCUAACAAGAGUGUCUUGAAGUGCAACUUGUGUAAUUGCAGUGGGAAAGUAGCUAAGAUGAUUAACCAUCUUAUUGGUAUACCACACAUAAUGAAAGUUUUGGUUAAAGAACAUCCUUCCAUCAUAGAAGAUUUAGAAAAAAAGUCGCUAACCUUGCUAGUGUACAACGAACAACUAACAAUGCAUGCAAAGCAAAUUGAAGCUACUGAUGGUGCUAAAACAAUAAAGUUUGAAUAUGUCUAUUCAGAUAGUCCCUUCGAUAAACUAGAAGUUCCUUGGAAACCAAAAGGUGGUGCCAGUAUUGUGAGUGACGAAAAAAGGAAAAAAGUAAAUGAUCCUUCAGAUCAAAGGCCACUAGCUUUAACAUAUUCGGAGAAUUUUAAGAUAACGUCACGGGCAGAGGCGUCUGAAGUGCUGAACUUGACAGAUCAAUUAAGCAAUCUAUUAAAUGCCUUCCAUGUGAAAACCAAGGGGGUUGACAUUACAGAUGCAUAUGGUUCAAAAACAGUUCAGUCAACGCCAAAAGAAAAAACAAAUUCUGUGGAGAGAAUUCCAUUGUCACCCCCCAAACCUAGGGAUAUGAACAACAGCUCAAUAAGUUCAGGUUUUGAAAGACCAAAUCUGAAGCCUUAUUGGUCCACUGAGAAAACUUCCACUUCUUCAGAAGGGCUAAAUUCAUCUCAAAGAUCGUCUGGAAAUCCUGUGAUUGCAUCUAGUAAUUUCCAGCCCAUAUGUGACAGAUUUCCACAAAGUAGCAGUUACUCUGGUUUUGAAAACAAGGAAAGGACGAGAUACGAAGCUGAAAUGGCUCCAGUACCAUCAUCAAGUAACACAAAUAAUGAAGGACUCAAAUAUAACUCUGGAGAGUCCUCUUCACAAAACACGACCAUGGACACAUCUUAUACACCUAGAAGCCAAUCUGAUGGCAAAUCUCUUGUCCACAAUGAAAUGAACACUGCAAAGAUUUCUAUAGGAGAGCCACCUGUAUUGCCGCUAAAUGAACCACCUGUUAAAACAGUACAUGGCCAACUUGUAAAACCGCUAAAUGAGUCAUCUGUAAAACCGCUAAAUGAGUCAUCUGUAAAACCGCUAAAUGAGUCAUCUGUAAAACCGCUAAAUGAGUCAUCUGUAAAACCGCUAAAUGAGUCAUCUGUAAAACCGCUAGAUAAGACACCUGUAAAUUCACUUGGACAACCACUAAGUGAGCCACCUGUAAAGCCACUCAGUGCACCACUUGGACAACCGCAAAGUGUGACACCACUCAGUGUGCCACUUGGACAACCACAAAGUGUGCCACCUGUAAAACCGCUCAGUGCACCACUUGGACAACCGCAAAGUGUGCCCCCUGUCAAUUUACUUAGUGUACCACCUGUGACACCGCUAAGUGCACCACUCGGACAACCACCAAGUGUGCCACCUGUAAGACCGCUCAGUGCGCCAAUCGGACAACCACUAAGUAUGCCACCUGUAAAACCGCCAAGUGCACCACUUGGACAACCGCAAAGUGUGCCGCCUGUAAAAUCGCUCAGUACACCACUUGGACAACUGCAAGGUGUGCAAUCUGUAAAACCGCUCAGUGCACCACUUGGACCACCACAAAUUGUACCGCCUGUUAAACCAAUCAAUGAACCAAUCAGACAACAGCAAGGUGUGCCACCUGUAAAAACGCUCAGUGCACCGAUUGGACAGCCGCAAAGUCCAACAACUGUAAAAAUGCUUAGGGCACCGUUUGUAAAACCGCAAUCUGUGCCACCUGUAAAACCGCUUGGUCAACCACGAAGUGUGCCGCCUGUAAAACCGCUCAGUACACCGUUUAAAGAACUGCAAAGUGUGCCACCUGUAAGACCGGUAAGUGCACCAAUUGGGCAACAGCUAAGUGGGGCACCUGUAAAACCACUCAGUGCACCAUUUGGACAACCGCAAAGUGUGCCACCAGUAAAACCCCACAGUGCACCACUUGGACAGCCGCUAAAUGUGCCCCCUGUAAAACCAGUGAUUGAGCCGCCUGUAAAACCUCUUGUCCCUUAUCCUAUAGAGUCUGCUGAUUCUGUUACCAUGUCUAAAUCUGUAGCUUAUAGUUCUACACCUUCUUCCUCUAGUACCUUGUUUAAGACAUAUUCAAACUCAGUGCCUGUUAGUUAUAUGGUAGGGAAAGCCAUAAAAAGACCGUAUCCUAAUUAUUCUUCUAGUAGCCAACCUGCAAGCAAAUUGCUUAUCUCUGAUAAAAAGAAGACUGAGCCUAUUCCUGUAAAACAGCCAUCUAGAGAGCAAAGUGUCGCUUGUAGCAUGGAGACAAGUGAUCUUAAGGUCAAGUCGAAUGCUGAUGCCAACAAGCCACCUUCCUCUUCCUCCAGUGGCUCAAAUGAGAAAACUUCAGAAUCAAAUUCCCCUGGCACGCAACCUAAAUCAAAAGGCCUGAGCCCUGAUAUACUCAAGCUCCUCAAGGGGAAGGACUUGGAUAAUGUGAUUAAAAUCCUCACAACACUGUCUCCAUUUUAUCCGGCCCUUCAGGAUGUUAAUAUUGAAAUGUUUGCUCAGGUUCUUUUCCACACUGGAGCAUUAGAUUAGCUGCUUCCAAAUCACGUAAAUAGAAGAUGUGGGAGAAGAAAAAACUGCUAAGACAAUACCCAGAACAGACAAAAACCUAGAACAUUAUUAGUAUUUACAUACUUAAGUUGUUUUUUUAUCUGUAUUCAUUGUUGUGUUUUAUUUCUUCUAAAGCAUAUUUGUGCUUUGCACUAGAAAUAAAGAGCAAUGUGAGGACGAA